UCCGGGCCGUGCAGACUGCCUGCGUCCUGCCUGUCUGUGUCAGUCAGUAGGUCAGCAGCGCCUCUUGAUCUCUCCAACACUUUACCUUCACCAACCAGCCAACCGCCAUCCAUCAUGAGGGAAAUCGUGCACAUCCAGGCCGGCCAGUGCGGGAACCAGAUUGGUGCAAAGUUCUGGGAGGUGAUCAGCGAUGAGCACGGCAUCGACCCAACAGGAACCUACCAUGGAGACAGCGACCUGCAGCUGGACAGGAUCAGUGUGUACUACAACGAGGCCACUGGUGGGAAGUAUGUGCCCCGAGCCAUCCUUGUUGACCUGGAACCAGGCACCAUGGACUCGGUCCGCUCUGGACCUUUUGGACAGAUCUUCAGGCCUGACAACUUUGUUUUUGGUCAAAGUGGAGCCGGAAACAACUGGGCCAAAGGUCACUACACGGAGGGGGCUGAGCUGGUGGAUUCAGUCCUGGAUGUGGUGAGAAAAGAGGCUGAAAGCUGUGAGUGUCUGCAGGGUUUCCAACUCACUCACUCCCUGGGAGGAGGCACCGGCUCCGGCAUGGGUACCCUGCUUAUCAGCAAGAUCAGGGAGGAGUACCCUGACCGCAUCAUGAAUACCUUCAGUGUGGUGCCCUCUCCAAAGGUUUCGGACACAGUGGUUGAGCCGUACAACGCCACGCUGUCCGUCCACCAGCUGGUAGAAAACACAGACGAAACCUACUGCAUUGACAACGAAGCCCUUUAUGACAUCUGCUUCCGCACUCUCAAACUCACUACGCCCACCUAUGGCGACCUCAACCACCUGGUCUCGGCCACCAUGAGCGGCGUGACCACCUGCCUGCGUUUCCCCGGCCAGCUCAACGCUGAUCUGAGGAAACUGGCCGUUAACAUGGUGCCCUUCCCCCGUCUCCACUUCUUCAUGCCUGGCUUUGCCCCUCUGACCAGCAGGGGGAGCCAGCAGUACCGCGCCCUGACGGUACCCGAGCUCACCCAGCAGGUGUUUGACGCCAAAAACAUGAUGGCUGCCUGCGACCCCCGCCACGGACGCUACCUGACGGUGGCCGCCGUGUUCCGCGGCCGCAUGUCCAUGAAGGAGGUGGACGAGCAGAUGCUGAACGUCCAAAACAAGAACAGCAGCUACUUUGUGGAGUGGAUCCCCAACAACGUCAAGACGGCCGUAUGCGACAUCCCGCCACGGGGCCUCAAGAUGGCCGUCACCUUCAUCGGCAACAGCACCGCCAUCCAGGAGCUGUUCAAACGCAUCUCUGAGCAAUUCACCGCCAUGUUCCGCCGCAAGGCCUUCCUCCACUGGUACACCGGAGAAGGCAUGGACGAGAUGGAGUUCACCGAGGCGGAGAGCAACAUGAACGACCUGGUCUCCGAGUACCAGCAGUACCAGGACGCCACGGCCGAGGAGGAGGGAGAGUUUGAGGAAGAAGUGGAAGAGGAUGCCUAAAAAAGUAACAUGAGCUGAAGAAUAAGGAGAAAAUAAUAACCAAAAAGAAGAAGAAAAAAUCCAGAAAAAGAAACGACAUUUAGAUGUGAAAUGAAGGGAUUUGGCAGAUGGGAUAAGUCGGGCUGGUUAGAGAAGUACGGAAGUCUGAAUUGGUUAAGGGAGGAUGGAAACUAUCUAAAGACAAAAUAAUAAAAGAUGAAUGUAGGCAGAGAAGUGAAAGAGUAACAGGAUCAAAAUGACAAGACCAAAUUAAUGUGCCAUGGUUUACAGUUUAUUGUGACGACGUGUGAUUUUUUUACACUAAGAUCUUGUCUUGCAGCAAAUGCACAAAACAGAAGCACUUCUUACCCUUCCCUUUCAUCACAUAGGUUAAUAUUUGACUAUUUAAAAAAAAACAGAAACCUAAACUUCUAUGAGGAACAAAAUCAAUGACGUUUUUUAUUGUAGCAUUAAUUCCACCUUGAACAUAUACUGUAUGUCAAAUGGUAUUUAUUCACACUCCAUGCAAACAAGCUUGUAAUGGUUGCCAAAUUCAGUAUUAUUGACAUUACAUCUUGCAUGAGAAACAGUAUUUUGCUGUCAGAAAAUGUAAUCAAUGUGCUUCUUCACUGAUAAUAGAGUGAGUGAUGUAGUGAGUUCGCAGUUAUUCCAGGACUACGGCAUUUAAUUGAAGUCCAAGAAUGUCAAGUCUUAGAAUCCCUAUAACUGAUGCUGUAGUCAUUUUAAGGAAACCAGGCCUGUAACCUUGAAAGUGAGAUUCAGAAAUUACAAACCAUGCCAUUAUCAGUGUUUAUUGUUUUUUCCCCACUGUUCAUUGUGGUCAUUGAUCAAUUUUGAAGAUCCUCUCUCAGAGAUAAUAGGGAUUUUUUUUUUUUUGGUAGUAGGUGGGACUGUUUUUUCCUUCGCUGAGGCCCAUACUCAAGAUUAAUCAAAAAUACAUUUUGACUGCCUUUGUCCCCCUUCUGAAGACUGUGGGUGGGAGAAGAGAACACAUUCUGGUGCGAUUCAGUCUUCUGCUGGCAGAGUAACUUAAUUCCAGAGAUCAGGGUUUUUAUAAGUCAACGUCCAAUUAAAAGACCUUCUCUCCAUUCCUGGUAGAUACACGGAAAGAGAGUUCCUUCAUGACAUUAACUUUUAUGGAGAAGA